AUGACUUUGCGGCUGCGGCCGUCGACAGCUGGCUUUCCCACCAAAAUCACGAUUACUCAGCCGGACCUGUCCAGUCGGCUCCUCGCGUGCUUUGUCGGCAUUCGGAGCGUCGCGUUCAGCGAGCGAACCACCCCGAGUCUUUCACCCUCACGAACCAUCAGAUCAUCCCAUCAAUCCCUCAUGUCCAAUACUGAAGCCGACGAGACCACCUCGCUUCUUCCGACUCAAUCACCCAAGCCCGAUACCGUCGAGGACGAAGAAGAAACCAUGAGCAGCCAGCUGUACUGGAAGGUCGGAGCCGUCUUCGGCGCCACCGCCGUCGGCUUCGGAGCCUUCGGGGCCCACGGCCUCAAGAACCGCAUUUCUGAUCCCGCAAAGAUCGCCAGCUGGACGACCGCAGCCCACUACCAGCUCGCACACUCGAUCGCUCUGCUCAUCGCCCGCCAAAACCCCGUGGCUGCCGGUUUCUUCACCGCUGGCAUGACCAUGUUCAGCGGCAGCAUCUACGCCCUCAUCCUCAACCCCGACCUCAAGUUCCUCGGCCCUGUCACUCCAAUUGGUGGUCUCGCUUUGAUUGCUGGCUGGCUGGCUCUCGCUUUUACCAAGGGACGUGUCCGCUUUUAA